AUGGCUCCUGCAGUAGUUUCGGAAUCUGAAGAAGAUGAAGACAAGGUCGCGGUCUCAAGAAGAAGCAAGAGACAAGUUCAUUUCGAUGGUUCGGGCAAUGAACGUUUAGGCCAGCAACAGCAGCAACAGCAGCAGCAACAGCAGCGUUCUAGUCACAGGGAUAAAGACAGGCAUGCACAGCGGAAAAAGAAGAAGAGGCUCUCGAAUAGGAAUCUGCAGGGUGCUAGCGGAGGGUACGCCUGGGAAGACGAGAUCAAGAGAAGUUGGGAUCUCGUCAAAGUGGAUGAUGAAGGAGAUAUGGCCUCUCUUGUGGCCAGUAUCGUAGAGGCCAGAAAGAAGCGUACCGCAAAGAGGAAUAUCACACCGUACCAGAGGGGUAUCAUCAGAAGUCUGAUAUUGACCUUGGAUUGCAGUGAGGCGAUGCUGGAAAAAGACCUGAGACCCAGCAGACAUGCAAUGAUCAUUCAGUAUGCUAUCGAUUUUGUUCACGAGUUUUUCGAUCAAAACCCAAUUUCUCAAGUGGGUAUCAUCAUAAUGAAAAACGGGCUGGCACAACUAGUCAGCCAAGUGAGCGGAAAUCCGCAAGACCACAUUGAUGCUCUGAAAGCUAUCAGGAAGCAAGAUCCAAAGGGAAAUCCCUCCUUGCAGAAUGCGUUGGAAAUGGCAAGAGGUUUGCUACUGCCUGUCCCCGCCCACUGCACAAGAGAAGUGCUGAUUGUAUUCGGUAGUCUUUCCACCACUGAUCCUGGCGAUAUUCAUCAAACUAUCGAUUCGUUGGUGAGUGAGAAAAUCAGAGUGAAAGUUCUGGGGUUAUCAGCUCAAGUGGCCAUUUGUAAAGAGCUAUGUAAGGCAACGAACUACGGUGACGAAUCUUUCUAUAAGAUUUUACUCGACGAGACCCAUUUGAAGGAGCUAUUCAAUGAGGCUAUUACUCCAUUACCUGUUAACAAGAUAAAUAAAGGUUUCACACUGGUGAAGAUGGGGUUCCCGACACGAAUAUUUGAAGAUACUCCAACUUUUUGCUCAUGCCACUCCAAACUGGUUUAUGGUGGUUAUUUUUGCCCAAAUUGUCAUAGUAAAGUCUGUUCAUUGCCCACAGUGUGUCCAUGCUGUGAUUUGAUGCUGAUCCUCUCUACCCAUUUAGCCAGAUCAUACCACCACUUAAUGCCAUUGAAAACGUUUACAGAAGUACCCACAACAGAAUCAUUUCGAUCAGAAGAUUGUUUCAGUUGCCAAUCUAGAUUCCCUAUAUUGAAAAAUCACAAAAACGGUAAUUUGUUAACAAGUUCUCGUUACCGCUGCGAAGAUUGUGGAGAGGAAUUCUGUGUCGAUUGCGAUGUGUUUAUUCAUGAAAUACUUCACAAUUGUCCCGGUUGCGAAUCUAAACCUGUAAUAACGUAA